CAUUCACAUGCUUCUUUCUCUCUCCCAUACUGCAGCAAUACCAGGAGACCCCCUAUGUCUGACUAUGUUGAAGCUUGAAUACCUGGCUCUGGACACGAGCAUCUAUUACCAGUAUCACUCCUUUGUAUGUAUCAAUUAGAAUAGACGCUGGACUUAUGAUUUCUGCUUUAGGAUUCCAGAAGUCAAGCCUCGGUACAAUAUCCAAUAUCUCAUCGGCUUUCUCACUCACUUGUCAACCGACCCCAAAGCUUACUUACCAUCCCCUCCGCCAUGUAGUUUAGAGUCUCAAUAAUUCAUCAUUUCUGAACGUCUUCCGUAACCUCCUUCGUACCUGAAUAUACACUAUCCGCUUCCCAACGAGCAUCACGUCCUUCCUGACGCAGCAAUAACCUCUGCAGCAUGACCGAGUACGUAGCCAUUACCUACCGUGGCAAUGUUGCUAUCAUAACCUUGAACGACCCGAAGAAGCUAAAUGCUUUGAACGCAGACGGAUACCACCAACUAGCCCAGGCUAUGACGACAGUUGCUGCCCACGACGACAUCGCAAUCACAGUUCUGACCGGCAGUGGACGAUACUUCUCAGCCGGCGCCGACGUAUCAAUUGGCGGCUCACAGCCCAGCAAUGAAGACACCACGCGCUUCUGGCUGAGGUCGUUUGUCUCCCAGAACAUCUACAUCACGCACGCCUUUUACACCCACCCCAAGAUCCUCGUCACUGCCCUGAAUGGCCCUGCCGUCGGUCUCUCCGCCGCCCUAAUCGCCUUCUCCGACUUCAUCUACGCCGCGCCGCAUGUCUUCUUACUCACACCAUUCUCUUCUCUUGGCCUAGUAACGGAGGGCAACGCGAGCCGCGGCUUCGUACAGCGGCUGGGUAUAAGCAAGGCAAAUGAGGCCCUAAUAAUGAGCAAACGGAUUAGCUGUGAAGAGCUCGUGCAAGCUGGCUUCGUAAACAAGGUGUUUGACGUCGGAUCGAAGGAUAAUUCGGAAAAGUUCUUAGGCGAGGUCUUGAAGGAGGUGGAUGACCGUCUCGGGGCGCAUCUGAACGCGGACAGCAUGGUGAAAAUCAAAGCGCUCAUCCGGAAACCGGAGAGGGGCAUUCUAGACAGGCAGGGUGUGGAAGAGGUCUUUGGUGGGCUGGAACGCUUCACCAAGGGCAUUCCUCAGAAAGAAUUUGCUGCCUUGGCCAGCGGGGCUAAGAAACAUAAGCUAUAGAGCAGGGUGGGACCAAUGUGUUUCGAAUAGAGUGUAUUUUUUUGGUCUCUUUAAUAUCAUCCCUUGGAAUUUCCACCUUACUACGCUCUCUCGGCAGUGUCUGAAGCG